AUGAAAGUCUGGUUUAUCACUGGAUCCUCUCGCGGCCUCGGCCUCGCUAUCGCCGAAGCUGCCCUUAAUAAUGGCGACUCUGUCAUCGCGACCGCUCGGAAGCCAGAGCAGCUUGCCAGCCUCGUCGAUAAAUUCGGCCCUGAUCGAGUCCUCCCGGUUGCUCUCGAUGUUACCAACAAUGACCAAGUCAUUCAAGCUGUGAAGACUGGACAUGAAAAGUUCGGCCAAAUUGAUGUCGUCAUCAACAAUGCAGGAUACGCAAACACUGCCGCUGUCGAGGACAUGGAUAUCAACGAUUUCCGAUCCCAGGUCGAUGCCAACCUGUUUGGCGUAGUCUAUGUGUCAAAAGCAGUCAUUCCUAUCCUUCGCCAGCAGAAGACCGGCGGUCAUAUUUUCCAGGUCUCAUCACUCGGUGGACGGUUGGGUUCUCCGGGUCUGUCUGCAUAUCAGUGCUCAAAGUGGGCUGUUGGUGGUUUCUCGACAGUCCUUUCUCGGGAGGUUGCUCCCCUCGGCAUCAAGGUCACGGUUCUUGAGCCUGGUGGUAUCCGGACUGAUUGGGCGGGCUCGUCUAUGCAAGUUCCCCCAGUGAGCGAGCCUUAUCAGCAGACGGUUGGGUCCUUUGUCGAAUAUCUGCGCAAGUCGUCCGGAAGUGAGGAGUCUAUCCCGAGCAAGAUUGCGGUUAUUAUUCUCAAGCUUCUGGAUGAAACGGAUCCUCCUCUGCGCCUAAUUAUUGGUCCUAACGCGGUUGAGUAUGCUCGGUCUGCUGGCGAGGCACUGGCUGCAUCGGACGAGAAGUGGCGUGAGCUGAGUCUUUCUUCAGUAUAG